GAUAGAAGUGUUACUACAGAGCUGCUGCUGCUGCUGCAGGAGGAGGAGAGGCGAGGAGGAGCUGGUGAUGAAGAUGCUGCUGCUGCUCCGCUCCUCUGCGUCCAGCAGCACCCGGGACUGACCGUGACCUCUUCAACGCCGCGGUCGUUGUUGAAGGAGGAAGGUUUUUAUCGUUGCAUCUUCCUGCUGCUCCUCAUUUCUCUGCAACUGGAAGCCACUGGGUUCCCCUCCUCCUCUUCCUCCUCUUCCUCACUUAUCCCCACUUUCUUUCUUCCAGAGGGAAUUCUCCAUUUUCACCAGGAAUUAUAAAAGAAAUGUCUCUCUGGGAAUGAUGGUGUUGCCACUGGAACCACCAUCUUUGUCGCCAUGACGAUGCCAUUCAGCCCCCUGUCCAGCGACGAGGAGCAACAAAGGAUGCUGGGAAACAGCAGACAUCUCUAUCCUGGGGCAGAAGACGAGGAGGAGGAAGAGGAAGAAGAAGAGAUGGAAGAGGAUGAACGCGACGAGGACGGGGAGGAAGAGGAGAACGGCGAGCUGGAAGGAGAGGAAGACGAUGAUGACGAGGAGAUGGUGGAGGAGGUCAGGCGAGGAGGCAUCCCUCGGAUCGGGAGAGGCGAGGGACACAGACAGUCGGGUAAACCUGCGGGACGACCCGGCGGGGAUCGACAGAUGAGGCCAGGAAACCCGGGACACGCCGCCAACCCUUACUCGGCCAAUCCCGGACCCACGCACCAAGCAGCAGCCAAUCAGCAGCAGAGGAGGCUGAAGGAGCGCACUGCCAACUCAGUGCCAUCUGAAGACACCCACAUCGCCAUGAUGGUGUUUCGCAUCGGCAUCCCAGACAUAAAGCAAACGAAAUGUCUGCGGUUCAACCCCGACGCCACUGUGUGGAAGGCCAAGCAGCAGGUGCUUUGCUCUCUGACCGAAUCGCUGCGAGACGUGCUGAACUACGGCCUCUUCCAGCCUGCCACAGACGGACACGACGCCAAGUUCCUGGAGGAGGAGAGGCCGCUCAGAGAGUACCCACAAUCCUUUGAGAAAGGGGUGCCAUAUUUGGAGUUCCGCUAUAAAACCAGGGUUUACAAACAGACCAAUCUGGAUGAGAAGCAACUGGCCAAGCUGCACACCAAGGCGAGUCUGAAGAAAUUCAUGGAUUAUAUCCAAACCAGCGCUGUGGACAAGAUGGCCAAGUUCAUAGACAAGGGCCUGGAUCCAAACUACCAGGAUCCUGACACUGGUGAGACUCCUCUGUCGCUGGCAGUGCAGUGCGAGCCAGGUGGAGGAGAGGCCAUCCGGGUCCUGGUGGACGGAGGCGCUCACAUCGACUUCCGUGCCAAAGACGGACUCACGCCGCUUCACAAGGCUGUUCGAGGCCACCGCCAUACAGCCCUGCUGGUCCUGCUCUCUCUGGGUGCAUCUCCAGACUACAAGGACCGGCGGGGGCUGACCCCGCUCUACCACACUGUGCUAACAGGGGGCGACACCUCCUGCUGUGAAACGCUGCUGUACCACCGCGCCAAGCUGGGCAUCAGGGAUGAAAACGGCUGGGACGAGACGCAUCAGGCCUGCCAAAACGGGAACUCGCAGCAUCUGGAGCACCUGCUCUUCUACGGGGCGGAUUCCUCCUCCCAGAACGCUUCUGGAAACACUGCCUUGCACAUCUGUGCUUUAUACAACAAGGAAAGCUGUGCACGAAUCCUGCUGUACCGUGGAGCCAGUAAAGACAUGAAGAACAACAGCGGCCAGACUCCGUUCCAGGUGGCUGUUGUGUCCGGGCAUUUUGAAUUGGGGGAGAUUAUAAAAAACCACCGGGAUACAGAUGUGGUUCCCUUUGUGGAGUCUCCAAAGUACGCCCCCCAGAGGAGAGAGAGCACCCGGACGCUGGCUGUGCCCCACCCCCACCCGUUUCUGCGGGCCAACAGCGACAGCAGCAUGAAUCUGCCGGACUGGAUGGCUGUUCCCAACGCGCCGAGCACCAACAUCGUUUCUGUGCAGGGGUAUAAACACACAGGAACCCUGCGGAGCUCCAGCAGCCCCAGAGGAGCGAGGACGCGGUCCCCGUCCCGCGGACGGAUCGGAGACAAGGAGGACCGGAGCCGGCAGAGCCAGAGACGGGGGCCUCCCCCAACCUCCACCACCACCAUACAAACCGCAGGCCAGCGCAGACGCCUCUACAGCGCCGUCCCAGGACGAGUCUUUGUAGCAACGCGGUCCCACUCCGCUCAGGGCGAGCGCGAGAUAAGCUUCAGUAAAGGAGACAGGGUCAAAGUGUUGAGUGUCGGCGAGGGCGGCUACUGGGAGGGGACAGUCAGAGGUCGCACGGGAUGGUUCCCCUCCGACUGUGUGGAGGAAGUGGUGCUUCGAAGUCAGGACAACCGAUCAGAGAGUCGUGGAGAACGAGCCAAAAGGUUGUUCCGCCACUACACUGUGGGAUCAUAUGACAGCUUUGAUGCUCCAAGCGACUACAUAAUCAAGGAGAAGACGGUGCUUCUGCAGAAAAAAGACAGCGAGGGAUUUGGCUUUGUGCUGCGAGGGGCCAAAGCUCAAACUCCCAUUGAAGAGUUUACUCCCACUCCGGCCUUCCCGGCCCUGCAGUAUUUGGAGUCGGUGGACGAGGGCGGCGUGGCGUGGAGAGCCGGUCUCAGGAUGGGGGAUUUCCUCAUCGAGGUCAACGGUCAGAACGUCGUGAAGGUCGGCCACCGGCAGGUCGUCAACAUGAUCCGGCAGGGCGGCAACAGCCUCAUGGUGAAGGUUGUCAUGGUAACCCGCAACCCCGACAUGGAGGAAGGCGCGCGGAAGAAAAUCCCUCAGCAGAGCAAGAGGCUGAGCACUCCGGCCAUCGCCCUGCGCUCCAAAUCAAUGACUUCAGAGCUGGAGGAGAUGGUGGAGAGAGCUGCUACCCCUUGGAAAAAAAAAUCAGAGUUCGAAUCCUCACAAGUUUCAGAGAAGAAGAGGACAGUCUAUCAGAUGGCUUUGAAUAAACUCGAUGAAAUUCUUGCAGCGGCUCAGCAGACAAUCAGCACCAACGAGGCGUCCGGGACACGGGGACACGGGCCGAAGAGGGACCGGGGAAGAAGUUUCUAUGGCAACGAGCCGAGCUACGCGGACCAGCCUGGGAUGGGGAUGAUGUCGGGUCUGGGACUGGGCUACGAGCGAGGCCAGUACGGCCAGGGUCACGGCCCUCCGCACGGUAUUAUGCGGCAGAAAUCCAUCGGUGUGCCUGAGGAAGAGAAGCAGUUCCUGCAUCCUCCUGCGAUGAAGUUUGCCCGGAGUCUGUCGGUGCCUGGUCCGGACGAUAUCCCUCCUCCUCCCACAACGGCUCCACCGGAGCCCCCGUUCUCCUCCGCUCCACCACUUGGUUGGAGAACAAAGUUGUCCCAGCAGCCCUCUGUCUCCGUGUCCCAGUCAACAUCCAGCUCUGCGCACUACCAGCCCUUUUCCCAGCCAGGGCACCUGAGCCAGGGCGGUAGGGAGAGGGCAGGUGGUCCCACCGCUGGCCCAGCAGCAGACCACACGACACCGUACGUUCACGCAUCUGCCCAUACAGCUCAGAGCAGGACUGCGUCGCGAAAGGUUGCCUAUACUGGGGAGCCUGUUGGAGCUGGGAUUGGGGCUGGCGCAGGCGCUAAACCAGCAGGCCUGAGGAGAGGCUACAGCACAGCUGUACCCCCGUCCAGCAUUGCUACUGUAAUGCCCCAGCAACAACAGACUACCCAGAGUCAACCCCAGCGGGCAGACCGGAGCACAGCUGGAGCAGGUGGCCCUAAAGGAGGGGCCAGGAGAGGCAAGGGCCCUCUGGUGAAGCAAUCCAAGAUAGAGGAGCUGCGUCUAGGCCAGGGAAGCCUAGGGAGCAAAGACUCGGUGGAGAAAAGCUCCAUUCCUAUCCCCACCAUCAUUGUCAAGGCUCCCUCAACCAGCAGCAGUGGACGGAGCAGCCAGGGCAGCAGCGUGGAGGCUGAUGUCCCUGCGUCAGGGGAGACCGGUGACACAAAAACACCUCACGGCCCUCCUCCGUCCACUCCUGCUCCACAGCCACCUGCUCCACCCUCCAUUCCUGCACCACCACCUCCAUCUUUGCCUUCUAUUCGAGCCCAGGAUAAUCUGGACUUUACUAGCCAGUUUGGGGCCGCCAUUGUUGGCGCGGCUCGCCGAGACAGGGAGAGAUUCCUCGAAGCCCGACGAAAGAGUGCCUCCUUGUUCAUGUCUGCUGAGGAGGAUCUGAGUCUUGGGAUGAGCGAAGCGCUAGGAGGAGUAUCAAGAACUCAGGUGUCUCAGCAGCAGUUAAACACUCAGCCUGAAAGCUCGUCAACACGAUUGCGCCCUUCCAAGUCAAUUGAUGAGGGCAUGUUUUCUGCAGACACCUUUAUCCAACACACCCGGAGUAUGCCUCCAGCCUUCGGCCUACCGGAGUACUCCUCUACGGCCCUGGACUAUCAGCCCAAAUCUGUUCCUGCUGAUCUGUACACAGCAGCAGGUCGACAGCCAGCGCCUUCCGCCAACACCACUUUUAUUCAUCCUCUUACUGGGAAGGCGCUUGACCCCACAUCACCUCUGGGCCUCGCUCUGGCUGCCAGGGAGCGUGCUCUGAGGGAUGACAGCAGAAUAAGGAGGGGAACGGAGCACCUCUUCACCCGCCAGAUGUCGAGCGUCGUGUUCCCUUCGUCUGCUGUCACCUCUCAGCCGGUUUCGUCCCACACGACACAGUCUUCAAGCUCUUACCUGGUGACCUCCUCUUCUCUGGCAGCUACCACACCCACAGUCGGUCGCCCACCCUCGCCCAGAAUCCUCCGAGGAGUAGGGAGUACUUGGGGGGAAGAAGGUGGGGAGCGGGAGCGUGAUGGGGGAGGCACUCGCGAGGGUCUUAGAGUGCGGUUCUCGGAGGACAAAACCGUCCACACACACCACUAUCAGUCUCAGCCAUAUCAGCCGUCUUACAAAGAGCGGGAGAGGUCGCGGGAACGGGAGAGAGACCACUCGAGGGAGAGGGACAUGAGGAGGGCAGAGCAGGCAGCUGAGAGUGUGGCCCCGCAAACCCGAAGACCCUCUUUUCUCAGGAUGGAAAGUCAAGCCGAUGCCUAUAUGCUGUCUCUCACCCCUCCCUCUCCUCCACCAAACAUUAUCCAGCAGGCUUCUGGAAGCACAGGGAGUGGUAUGAUGGUCCUUCCUCCUCCUGCCCCUUCAGUUGACGCGGACGAUGAAUUUGUUUAUGCAGACCCCCUUCCUCCUCCGUUAGAGUUUGCAAACAGCUUCGACAGAGGGGGAUUGGGAUACUCGCAACAUGCGAUGCUUUCCAACAGCCUGAUCCACCGACAACAGCAAGUCCCUCCCCCACCACCUCCUCCACCGCCUCCGCCGCCCCCACCACCUCCUCCCCCUCCCCAGAAAGAGCAUUAUAUAAGUAGCUUUCCUGCCCAUACACCUCUGCCCUCUCCCCAGGCAGGUGACUCCACUGCAUCCAGCCUCACGUCGUAUGACAGCGAAGUGGCAAAUCUGACUCAGUCUGCUCCUUCCCCUUCACAGACAUCACCAAAUCCUCCACCCCCUUCCUCACCCUCAACCCUUCAGCCAGCCAUGGGUCUUCCUCCUCCCCCUGCAGUCUCACCCCCACCUCCCCCUGGAGCCGGUUUCUACCACAGACCCUUUUCAAUGUCUCACCACCUUUACAACAGCACUCAUGCAUCCGGGCGAUCCUCACCAACACUUUCCCAACAUGCAGUCGCACCACCUCCAGCUUACCGAGGUCCCCCAGCUCCAUCCUCCACUGCUGCCACGUCCGUCCCACAUAGGGGCACCGUCUCCCAUGCAACGACCGCUAGCUGUGCUGCUACAACCACCACUGCUGCCACAACAAGCGCCUCCACUCAGCUCCAUCAAGAGCGAACACACCCUGCUCAUUCGACAUACUCCACUACCAUCACAGGACGGACAGGCGAGCACUAUCGUCCUCAUCCCACUGCCAAAAAAGGAGAGUCCCAGGAAACGGUUGUGGACUCUGGGAUUGAACUGGAUAGCCGAAGUAGCAGCGACCAUCACCUGGACAGUAUUGUGGGCCUAAGUGGGGCUGGUGUCCGAGGAGACAGACUGGAUCGGGGAGAGAGACUUGGAGCUGGAGGUCUAGGGCGAAUGGGAGGAGGUGCGGGAGAAACAGAACGAGGAGGAGCGGACUUUCUAGAGUCAUACAUGAGCUACCUGGAUGGGCAAACCUUUGAGAUGCAGAAUGCGACGGUGGCAGCAUCCACCUACCCAAAAAGCAGCAGGUUUAGAGAAGGUAGCCGCGCUGGUGACUCGCAUCGACAGACCAGCACCGCCCCUGCAGCGUACCACUCCCACAGGCAAAGAGAUGGGCAGGUAGAGGAUGACGUAGAGGAAGGACUUGGAGAUGAUGAGAGUGGUCAAGACGGGUACGGGAUGAGGGAUAUGCAGAAUUUGGGCCGUCCCACGUCACCGUACUUUGAUAGGCCACGCACUCCUGAGAUGAGACCCCUAUGGGGCGACAGCCAGAUGAGCGGCGAUAUGGGAAGCCAGUCGGGGUCACUUUUAGAGGGGAAGAAGAUUUACCCCCCUGCAUCCAGUAUGAAGCCAAGCAUUAUCACUGAGCUGAGCAGCAAAUUGCAGCAAAGAAGUAAAGACAGCUGGAGCAGCCACAGACCACUGAGCAGACACAGAUUUUCUGAAGACUCCGCCUCCGCUCUGAGCCCGCCCUCAGUCCGCUCCCAGUCUCUGUCUCCAAUCUCUUUAUCGCAGCCGUCGUUAUCGCCGUCCCCAACCCCGGCUUCCCAAUACCCAAACUGGGGGCGUUCCCCAUCUCCUCAGCCUCCAGCCGCAUCUCAACCUCCACGCUCACAUUCUCCGUUGUCCCCGACGUCGUACUCCCCUUACCCUACGUCUCCCAAGCACAGACCCGUGUACCGGACCAAAGCUCUGGAAUUCCAGUUCAUCCCCAGUCGAGAGUCUCGCAAAGCAGAAUCACACAUACUCCAGCGCCGACGAGCUCCGAGUCCGCUCAUCUCCCAAUCAGAGAGGCCCAAAGUGGCCCCGCCCCGCCCGUCGUCACUUCCCCUUCUCCCCACUUCACCCCUGUACAGUGCCAUCUAUGACCUCCGCGGUUCAAUUACCCCACCGUCACCUGGGAAUCCUCUUGGAGACCCUUACUUCUCACCCUCUCCUCCCCUUUUUGCCCCCUCUGGAGCUCCUCCACCUCCAAACUCCACCUUAGUAGUGUCACGAUCCCUUUCUCCGACUCAUUUUCUGUCCGGGACGUCGUCUCCACCCCUGCACCCCCACCCGCCACCUACCUGCCUGAGUUACCCCCACUUACCGCCGCCUUCCCCCACAAAGCCUUUCGCUUCAAAGCCGCUGCCCUACUGGACCAAGUAUGAUGUUGCAGACUGGCUGGUGUACCUCAACCUUGGCGAGCAUAGAGAACGGUUUCUUGAUAACGAGAUUGAUGGCACCCAUUUACCCUCUUUGACCAAGGAAGACUAUCUGGAUCUGGGGGUGACAAGAGUAGGACACAGAAUGAACAUAGAGCGAGCCCUAAGGAGUGUAAUGGACAGGUUGUCCAGCAGCCCGUUUCCCAUUUCUGUCCUCUCUCCUCGGGAAGGGCAGCCUGAGAGGAGGAGGGACAACGGGAGUCGGAGCUGAGGCCGCAAAGGAGGAGCAGGGAGGGGUUGAAGUCCAUGUCGGAGGAUUCACACAGAUUUCACACGGAAAGAAAGGAGAGGAUGAAGAGCUGAUGACCUGUAAACACGCCGGCUGGUGCUCCUUGAUUUACAUCCAUCCAAACACAACCACAGCAACACAAUCUAACUAAACCUCAUCUCAGUGAACAUAAGAGGGUCGUUAUGGCAGCAAAUUUCAGAUUUAUUAACUAGAACAAUCACAAAGCAGAGGGCGCAUUCGGUUGUUUUUGUUCAGGUUGAAAGGUGAGAGGAUUCAGAUUUUAGCUUCUUGUGUGACGUUUGAGGAACAUGUCUACGUGUCAGAAAGUAGGAAGGUGUUUUUUAAAGAGCGAGGCUUUAUUUCACCGUAGAGUCAUGGUAAAAAUUUAAUUUUUAUUUUAAAUGUCAGGGUAUAAAAUAAGUGAUCUGGUCUUUACCAAGUUAAAAUCUGCUGUUUUCUAGUCGGUUGUUAACAAAACUUCCACCGCUCUAUUAGCACAAAAUUUCCAAACAGAUGUAGGUACUUUCUACGUUUUAAAAUAUCUCUGAAUGUUUUAACUUGAAACAAUCUGCAAAAUCAAAGCAAAACUAAAUCUUGUUUAUAAAUUUAAAAAUCAUCUGUCUUUAUGCAUUUGAUUGCUUUAUUGUUUUUAGGGGUGGAAAUCUUUUACUUUCUCAUGAAUCGAUUCAAUAUGAUUAUUUGUAAGGAUUUCAUUUUUAAUCUGUAAAGACUGGAUCUAUUCCAGGCUACUUUGCAAAGCAGAAUGACAGAUGUGGUCAUUAAAGUAUCUUUUUCACAUUUAUUAAGUUUUAAAUAUAGGUCCAUGCUUUUUCUGUUUUGUUUGUUUUGUUUUCUUCUACAAACUGAUGCUUAUAUGUACUGUAGCACCAAGCUAACAAAUCACAAACCACUUUCCGUCCUUCAAGUCCCACAAAAGCAGUGAGGGUGUAUUUAUUUUUAAUGUGGAAUGUUUUAUUUAGGUUAAAUUUAGAUAAUUUAAACAGGACCUAUUAUGCAAAAUUCAAAUUUUUCUUGUUUUCGUACUUUCAUUUGGGUCUCAACUGCUUCUAGAAACAACUCAAGCACUUAAAAAACUACACCCAGCUGCUUUUUGUCUGGAAAAUGAGCCAUUUCCAUUGUUAAGUCACAUUCAGCAAGCAAAGGGCCGUUACGUAGCAACCCCAGCACAGCUCCAGCACGUUUGGUCAGCUGGUUUUACUGCUGUAUUUGCUGUACAAUGGCUGCUGGAAAAGAGAUGAAGUUUUUAGUGGACUUACCAUUCAUAAACCACUUGCUAAAUUCUUGUUGGUUGUGCAGGAGGCUCCACUUCUGCUUUUCGAAGAUUUACGGUUGUAUAAUUGUGCAUUUGUCUGCAGCCAUUUUCACGUGCGGCUGUAAACGUCAAGUUGGGGGGCGUGGCCAGCAGCAGCUUGUUUGGAUUUAAAGUGACAAGACGCCCUAAAACAGCUCGUAUAGGCAAAACUGGCUAGAAUAAAAUAUCAUUAUGUAUUGAACACAAAUGUAUUGAACAUGUUUUGUUUAGACAUAUGUCUGUCUUAACCUGUUCAAGGAAGCAGAAUAGGUCACCUUUAAGAACUUGGUAAAGUCCAGAUUGUUUUUUUAUACUUCCUGAUCCAUUAAACUCAAUAAUCAGAUGAGGUUGUAUUUUCUUCUGACAACAGCUUCCUCAUCUUUCCGAGGAGUCCAGGGAGCAGACCGGUGUCUUCGCUGUGUGUGUGUGUGUGUGUGUGUGUGUGUGUGUGUGUGUUUAUCUGGUUGCGAUUGGUCACGUCUUGUUUUUACCUCAUCACCGGCAGGGCUCUGUCCUCACUAUGGAUCCUGUGUGCAUUUUUUUAUUUUUCCAUAAUAGCUCUUUGUCAUCCUUUAGCGACGUACGUUCAGACUGGUCACUGUAUCACAAAUUUGUAGCAAAAAUAAGUGCCCAGACCUACAUCAUAAAAAGAAUAAAUGGCUAAAAAAAAUAUAAAUAUAUAUAUAUGCACACAGUCAGGCACCCAUGUUACUGUUAUCCAUGCCUGCAUGCAUACACCAACAUGUAGAUAAACACAAGCACUCUGUGUUUGUGUCAGAGUUUAUUUAACACCUUAUAUAUGUAAAGACGCAGAGAUCCGAGACGCACCUGAGGACAGACUGUGCUCUGGAUCCAAGAGAACGCGAAGAGAAAUCUUUUUCUUCCGGAGAACAACUCUGCUCAGACCUUCUGGGACGAGGGACACUUGAAAGGAGACGGGAGGGGUAAAAGAAAAACUGCCAUUAUCUCCGUCUUUUCCCUCCCGGUCCUCCCUGCUCCUUCCUGGAGUGGCCUUUCUCCCCCCUCCCUCCCAACGGCGAAACCCAAGAGAGAGAAACGCUCAAAUCAAAUUUUAAUACUACGAUUGUUCUUACAGUUUUUAAACGGGGAAACACUGGAACUGCUGUUGAUAUGAAGAGAUUUGUUGCUACUGCUUAUCGUUACUAUCAUCGUCCUUACUGUUAUUCCGGUUUCUUCCUGCCUCAGGUGGUUGGGUGUUGUGGAGACGCUGAAUCCUCUACAUUGUUUUAAAGUGAAAAGAAGCCUCGCGGACACAAGGUGAAGCACAUCGAUGGAUAUAUUUUCCCUUUAUUAUGUUAACAUGGUAACUUUAAAAGCCUCAAACUUUACUUUUCUCCUUCAAAGUUUAUUCAGAUGCUGUAUCGAUGUAGCAACUGUUACUCUGGGGAAGCCCAGAACAUAUCAGUGAUAGAAGUUUAGUAUAGCUAGCCCCUGUUAUAAGAUCUGUGUGUGCCAUGUUUUUCAUUUUACUUCUCCAUCAGCUUUCAUGGCACAUUAACCUCUGAGAUGGAAUAUAAGGGCUCUCUCAUGAAUUCACGCUUUCACUUCUUUCACUGCUGCUUUCCGAGUCCGAGAACACAUCGAUACAUCCCAUACAGGAGUUGCUCUCCCCUCUGCUGUCUUUGAGUCUGGUUUUGCAGGGGAAAAAAACCCCCAACUGUUUUCAUGCAUCUUGUUGCACAUAUUUUCACUCUGUCGAUGUGAAAUUUGCAAAUGGUGAUUCAUUUUUGUAUCUGCAGAAGGUCAGGGGGGAGAUUAUCUUAGAAUGCAUAAGGAAAUAGCAAUAAGGACGAUGAAAAUAAUGGUCAUUAAACACAGUUUAAGAUGUAAAAAAAAAAAAGUCUCAAAAGUUCUACAGAAUCUCUGUCUUCCAAAUAAUGUUUAUCAUGAAGAUGUAUUUAUUUAACUGUUCUGCUUUCUAUACAGUUUGACCCGUUCUCUGCAUCUUCCACUGUUAAUGAUCCAAGCUCCGCUCUGGUCGUUCUCUUUGCUCACGCGUGUCGGUGCGAUCACAGUGAAUUAUUUUGUGUCAUUUUUUGCAUCAGUAACACCUUACAAGGAAAUUUGAGUAGCAAUGUGUAAUACAGGCCAGAACUUCGGUGGUACCAACAGGAAGCUCCUACUGUUCUUAGAGGUCACUUAAAGGGCGCUUGUAGGUGAAGUACCAACGUGGAAUCAGCUAAAUUAUCAACAGCAGAUUCAACGGCAAGAUUUUAAACCUAUAAAAAACUUCCAGGGAGGGGGUACCAUUGGGCACCUACAGAUUACUUAAGGGGAAUCUCUAGCCAGUGUUUCUGAAAUCCAAUCCUUAGCCCCCCGUGCCCUGAAUGUUUUACAUGUGUCUCUGUUCCAGAACAGCCGAUUCAAACAAUUGAACAACCUUUUCUGCAGGCAUCAAGUGCUGCAGAGGCCUGUUAAUCACCCACGGAUUCAAGCCAGGUGUGUGGCAGAAGGGAAAUACCUAAAACAAUGCAAGGCAGUGGGCCACUGCUCUAGGUUAUUUAUUGGGAACUUAUGGAGUUCUUACAAGUCACCUUAUGGCGGUAUUCAUGAGGUAUCUGUGGAGUUCAUUGGGGUUAUCUUAUGGCUACUUACAGGGAACCUAUAAGAUACUGGGAGAGGGUACCAGUAAGGUCCAGAUAUGCAUAGUACACCUAUAAGUUACCUAAGGAUGUUUAUUGGGAAUCUAUGGACUGCUUACAAGUCACCUUAUGGGAUAAUUACAUGGUACCUGAUGAGUUCAUUGGGGUUUCCUUGAAACUAUUUCUAGGGAACCUGUAAGGUACUUAGAGAUGGUACCUGUGAGAUCCAGAUACUCAUAGAGCACCUAUAAGUUACGUUGGGGGAAACCUGUAGGGUGUUUAUGGAAACCUAUGGAGUGCUUACAAGUCACCUUAUGGGGGUAAUUAUGACAUGUUGAGUUUAUAUGGGUUGCCAUGGGGCCUGUGGGGUUAUUUAAAGGGUCCUUAUUUAGUACCAAAUAAAGUUAUAGGGUUCCACCUUGUGUUAAAUCAUUUCAUUCUCUCUUCUAUAAGUAAUUAGAUAUUAGUGUUGCAGGUUGUUUUGGUUUUUAUUAAUAAAAUGUAAUGCUGACCUUACAUUUCAAUGAAAAGUAUCUUAGAAACUAUCUCUACCACCCCUAUUAGUACCCUGGAGGUUCUCAUUGUAUUACAUGUUGCUACCAGCGUUUCUUAGUGAAGGUAAAAGUUUUUAUUAAGCCAGAUGUUUCUAUCAGAUCUACAAAAUGUUCAUGUAGUGUAAAUUUAGUAAAACAGGAACUCAUUUCUCUUCUUUUGUGACUCUUGAGAAAAUAUUCUGGACCUUUUUUUUCUGGAUUUCUUAUUUAAAACUGAGUGAGUGGCUCACACAUCAGCUGUCAGGGGUUAAAGGUCACAAUCUGAGGUGAAUCGGUCCGACUCUAUAGAAAGCAUUUCUUUUCCUUUAAGAGAUCUUUAAAAAAUGAGUAUGAACUGAAGAAAGGUAUCUUACAGAAUAUAUAUAUAUGUAUAUGUGAUAUGCAUAUACACACAUUCAUAUAAAUAUAUAUGAAUUUCAAAUGUUUUAAGAGAUAAUAAAUUGUUAGAAUUAUAAUAAAGAUAAACAAAGCUCUAGUU